GCGGCAGGAGGAUUUAACGCAGAUUUUAGCGCAGAGAAAGUGAAGAUUUCUGCGCAGGAGCGACGACACUCUGCGGGCGAAGCGGCUCGACCAAUCACACGCCUCCUCUGUGACCUCACCGCUGACCUGCUGAUAUUGAUCCUGGAUUACUGAUCACAUCUGAACCGGGCCAAGCAGUCAGCUGACUGGUCCAGACCGGACUUUGAGCGGACCGAUGGCGGCGUCAGAACUGAUCCAGGACGAUGACGACAUUCGGGACCACGUGGACGCCAACAUGACCGCGGCCGACCCCCCGACACCUCCGCGCACCCUCGCCAACGGCAGCCCGACCCGACACGCCUCCUCGCCGCCCGCCGACGCCGUGGACGGCCGGGGCAAAGGCGAGCGCAGCAAGCUGAGUGGCCUGCUGAAGCAGAACCAGCUGAUCCGGUCCCUGAGCAGCGGCCUGCGGCGCCACUGCGACUACGUGAAGAUCUCGGUGACGGAGGAGCACGCCGACCGGCUGCCCAAGGAGUGGUGGAAGACGGGCGUGGCCUUCCUCUACGCCGUCUUCAACCUCGUCUUCACCACCGUCAUCAUCACCGUCGUCCACGAGCGCGUCCCCGACAAGUCGGUGAGCCCGCCGCUGCCCGACAAGUUCUUCGACUACGUGGACCGAGUGCCGUGGGCGUUCACUGUCACCGAGGUCAACGGGCUGAUCCUGGUCGGGCUCUGGCUGGUCCAGUGGAUCUUCCUCAAACACAGGGCCAUCAUCGGCCGGCGCUGCUUCUUCCUCAUCGGGACGCUCUACAUGUACCGCUGCGUCACCAUGUACAUCACCACGCUGCCCGUUCCCGGGAAGCACAUGGUCUGCGCUCCGAAGCUGUACAACGACUCGACGGGGAAGAUCUGGAGGAUCCUGAGGCUGAUCUCAGGAGGAGGGUUGUCUCUGACCGGCUCCCACCUGAUGUGCGGUGACUUCCUGUACAGCGGCCACACCGUCAUGCUGACGCUCUCCUACCUGUUCAUCAAAGAGUACUCUCCCGGCUGGAUGUGGUGGUACCGCUGGAUCUGCUGGCUGCUCAGCGCCUCCGGAGUCCUCUGCAUCCUCAUCGGCCACGAGCACUACAGCGUGGACGUGGUGGUCGGGUACUUCGUCACCACCAGGACCUUCUGGUGGUACCACACGAUGGCCAACACUCAUGUAGGUACACACACCAUGUAG